AAUACCAGUUUUCUUUAAAGAGUUAUCAUUAAUCAAAAUGAUUAGAUUAUUCUUGUACGCUGGUUUUGGUUUGCUGAUACUCGGUUUUUGUGAAAUUGGUUACUCUCAAGAUGUAACAGAUCCGUCAUCUUCAAAUCCUACUGAACUUCCUUCAGCAUCAGGAACUUCUACUGAACUUUCAUCAACAUCAGGAACUUCUACUGAACUUUCUUCAGCAUCAGGAAGCUCUACAACGAAUCCUUCAACAUCAGGAAGUUCUACAACGAAUCCUUCAACAUUAGGAAGUUCUACAUCGAAUCCUUCAUCAAAUUUUCCUGAUCUUCCUUCAACAUCAGAAAGUUCGACAACUUCAAAAACUUCAACGAUUUCUUCUAGUUCAACGACAAUUUUUCCUGUUUCAUCAACAACAAUAAGUCCUUGUCAAGGCCUGUAUGGCACAACAGCCAACACAACUGACCCAACAUGUCAGGCGUACAUGAUCUGCAUACCACUAGAAUCCGGUUACAAAAUCUACAGAAUGAAAUGUCCCAACAAACUUGUCUUCAGGCCAUCCACGCGUACAUGUGUCACAACUGCAAUGUAUCCUUGCACCCAAACAGGAUUGUUAUGA